UCUAAACUACUUUCAACGUGGGUAGUAUGCAUCAAUUUGUGGGAAGUCUUUUAGUAACGGAUUAACCAUCAAGUAGUGCGCAUCGAACAAUUCACAGAAAGAUUUUUGAUUGUUUUUGAAUUGCAAAAUAAUAGAAAAAACUAGACAACAGAGAUAUGAAUAUCAAGCUAAUUCUAAUUUGUACGAUUCUUGUGUUGUUUGUUUUUGUUGAUAUUGGAAAUGGAAAAUCGAGUAAACGGAGAACCGGAAGUAGUGGAUGGGGAUCUGUAUUUCGUUCAAGAUCAACACCUCGUCCUCGUAUAUCCCAAACAUCAAAUCAAGGAAAUUCAAAUCCAAAUAAAAUAGGAUGGAAUGUGCCAGAUAAGAAACCAACUGGAACCAAUACUGCCCCUAAACCAUCUGCUCCUAUAUCCGAACAAAGUGCUAAAACUAGCGCAACGAAUGUACAAUCUGGUUAUAAUCCCUCAGGUGGAUAUCCUCGUCAAUCAGCAAGUAAUCCUUAUUAUACAAAUCCUAAUCAAGGCUCUAAUCCAUCAAUUGGACAAAGUCAUAAUCCUUCACUUGGUCAAGGAUAUAAUCCUUCUUUAAGCUAUGGUUAUAAUCCAUCAGGUGGUUAUAGUAAUCCUGGAAUAGGAGGACAUGUACCUUAUGGAGCACAACCAUCUUAUGGUGGAUAUAAUCCAGGACACUCAUAUAAUUCACCAUUGGGACAGUUCAAUCCAUCUAUGGGUCAAAUACCACAACAAUCGAUCUUUGUACAACAAGCACAGAGACCUGGUAUUGGACAACUUGCAAAAGAAGCAUUUGUUUUUGCUGGUGUAAGCGCAGGAGUGAAUGCAGCUGUUAAUAGAUUACUACCAGGAGGAAUAUAUGGCACUAGAGGCACUGGAGGAGGUUCUCAUACUGAAAUUACAUAUAAUAAUUAUUAUAAUAAUGGGACUGCACCUGUCCCAAUUUCAAAUGAACAAUCAGUAGUUAAUACAGCUCAAUCUACAACUACAUCAACUGUUCAAUCUCAAUCAACUCAAACAGCCCAAUCUGCUAUUGAAGCAUCACAAACUUCCCAAAUUAAUGCAGGUACUAAUAAUGCAUCACCAACUAAUACAAAUUCUCAAGAAUCAGUGCAAAAUAAUCCCAAUCCAUUGGGAUUUAUCACUUCCAAUGAUGAUAUCAAAAAACUGACAGAAAGUCUAUUUGAGAAAGAGAAAAACAAUGCUCUUAAAUAUAUAACAAUAAAUUUGCAAGGUCAGAAGAAAGAUGAUAGUAUCAGCGACGAUGCUACUGAACCGUUGUUAAGUGUGAAAGAUGAAGCUUAUGAAAUUCCAACAAUAAAAGCCAUAAUAAUGUUACAUAAUAAUUAUGAAUUGGAUGUUAAAGUAAAAGAAAUAGUCACGUCAGAAGAGCGUAAAGAAGAAUCUGAACUCCUUGAUAAAAUUCUUGAAACAGACAUAAUAAAAACAACUAUGAAAUUUUUAAUUGAUAAAGGAUACAUUCAAGAUGAUGAAUUUGAAUUUAAAGACACUAUGAAACGCAUAUGGUUUUCUCAAUUUAAACGAAUCGACGGAGAUGCAUCAAGUUCUGGCUUUGAAACAGUAUUCCUAGCUGAACAAUUUGAUUCAGAUAUAAUUGGAUUACAUAAUUGGAUCUAUUAUGCGAAACAAGAAGCAGAGAAGAGGCUCAAUUAUCUUGGAUAUAUCAAAGAAGUCAAAUUGGGUGACAAAGCAGCAGUUUUAAAAAUACGUUCAUCAUUAAAUGGAAUAGUACAACCUAUCACAACUCUUUUUGUUGGUACAUCACCAGAAUUGGAAUUUGCUUUGUAUACAAUGUGUUUUUUUACUCGACCGAAUAACGUUUGUCCAAUUUCUUUAGGAGGGACUGAAUUUGUAAUUUUUGUAAGCAGAGUCAAUUACUUUGGAAAAGAUAUUUUAAUUUCGGGAUAUCCUGAUGUUUAAUUUGAUUGAAAAAUAUUUAUAACAUAUAAAAUUUAUGACAAAAUUUUAUAACAUUUAAUAGAUUUUGUGUGUUUAGAACUUAAUGAUUAAUAUGUUAUAAUAUUGAUUUGUUGAAUGUAAUAUAUAUAUAAUAUAACAAAUGAAAAAUUUAUUAAAAAUAUUUAGAAGAAUUAAAAAAUUUAAGAAUUUAAAUUCUUAUAAAUAAAUAAAUAUAUAAUUAGAGUUUUUUUUCAAAUACAUAAAGAUAUAAAAGAGAUACCUGAACAGUUUUUGUCUGUCGUGUUUCUAAAUUCGUUAAUUCUAAUAGAGGCACUAUGGAUGGUCGUCCGUGAGCACAUUGAGUAGGAGUUUUCGUUUCAUUUAAUAAUUUCAAAAGCCAUUUACAUUCUUUUAAUGUUAGUGAAUGUCCAAACUUUAUAGCUCCUAAAAUACUCAGAUAGUGAUAAUAUAUUUGUUAACAUUAAAUAAUAUGUAUGAAUAAAAAAUAUAUAUAUAUUCUAUUAACUUUUCUAUUUAUAUUUUAUAUAUGAUGUUUGUUAAAUUGUUUAUGAAAUUAAAAAUAUAUAUAAAUAUAAAAGAAAAAAAGAGCAUACCAUGGCAAGCUUUCAUUACAACUGCAUUAUGUAUAGUAAUUGGUAAAUCAUUAAUUUGAUAGUUUAUAUAUUUUGUAGAAUUUUGUAUUAAUUCGUUUAAAAGAUUUUGUAUAUUUAACUUUAAUUUCAAUUCGCUAUAAUUGCUUUUUUUUAAACAUUCUGGUACUGUUCGUAUUAUUAUAUUAUUGUUAUCUAAUAUGUUAAAAGUUAUACCAAAUCUUUUUAAUAUUUUAUGAUUAGAUAAAAGUAAAUUGCAAUUCUUUGCAGAUAGCUGUAUAACUAUAGGAUUUUUUAAUUUGAUAGAAAAUAAUUGGUUUCUUAUUUGUGAUUUGUAUUCUAAAAAUUAAUAUUUUAUAAUUAAUAUAUUUUAAUAUUAUACUAAUAUUUUCUUUUAUAUGAAAUUAUAUUAUAUUAUAAAUAUUAAAAAUUAUAUCAUAAAUAAACAAUAGUAAAAUUAUAUUAUAAAUUUUUACCAUGAAGUAACUGUUCAUAUCUUAUUCUUUCAUGAAUUGCAUGUUGAUCCAUUAAUAAAAGCAUCUUUAUAU